AUUCCAGAAUUGGCGAAAUUAACCCUUGAUAACAAUGGAAGCUUUCAUCAAGGGAUUUUGAUGGUAAAAGAAAUUUCAAGCGCUAAUUCGGCCGAUCGCCCGCCUUCAAUUAACUUGGAAGGGCAUUUCGAUGCAGCAGCUUUUCCCGAGAUUACACCUGCGGCUCCACUAACUCUCGGAUGACUCAAAAUUACGACUAAAAUAGUAGGUUAGCCGCGAGCGAAGGGCAUUGUGCAGGGGAGCUGCGGUGGAACUGCUACGAUGAUGAUGAUGACUUGGACCAAUUUCGGAAUUUUCUAACAAUUUAUCUUUUGAUUGGGUGUGGAGAGUGGAAUCGGCGUUUGUGGGAGACAUGGGGUCACUACGGUGCCCUUUGUGCUGCAACAAGGAAUUCCCGAACCGGCGUUCACUGCAGCUGCACCUGCUGGACACCUUGGAGCUGCUCAAGUGUCCACUGUGCAGCAAAAGCUACCGCAGCAUCAUUGGCCUGGUGCAGCACCUGAGCCUCUCGAGCUGCUCGGUGGAGACCGGCGUCAACUUCGACGAGCACUUUGUCACCUACGUCGACUGUUCCUUCAUGAAGAAGGCCAAGCAGCAGGAGCAGGCCAUGGCUGUAUCAGCCGACCAGGCCAGAGCGGCCAAUGCUCAGUCCAUCGAGGAGAAAGUUUGCGAAAAUAUGAGAAAAAUUCACGGCUCUGAAGAUGAACAGGCAAGGGGGAUCUCAAAAAGUGAAAUCGUUGUGCCUGACCAGAAUCCACAGAACUUGCUGAUUCAGUGCAGCGAAACCAACGAGAUCAUCUGCAUUAACAUAGAAGAAGCAAAUAUUCAAAACUCUGGAGCUUUCGGGGUUCUAGAUGAGAAAAUGAUCCAGAAGAGUUUGAUGACUGGCCCUGCUGGCAACCAAAAAUUAUCGAAUCAAAUGGACACUUCUUCUAAAACAGUUGUCGUGCCUCCACGCAAGAGCUGAUCCACGGUUGUGCACUGAUUUUUCUGUCAAAAUCGAGUCUCUCGUCCAGGUUCGGGAUAAGGUUAGAGGCCUUGUAACAGCUAGAUACCAAAAAUUGAAAAAAAGAUAUAUCUAAACUGCGGAAUCGCCCUCCGCCUCCUGUCAUGGUUCAGUGCAACACGAAUUGAAAGAGAACUCGUCAGUCAGGCAUCGCCAGGCCUGCGCUUUGUUGUUAAACGUGUUUUAGGUGCUGUGUUUUUAAGGAAAACAAGAUGUCACUCGUGUGUUCUUUCUUUUGUGUUUGAUUUCGUAGAUUCUGCGCGUCAGUAAUGCAUAAUUAUCAUUAUAUACCGAUAUGUAUGAGUAAGAAGCGAAAAUACCAUUAUUUAUUGUACAAAGCGGUUUGUCAGAUGCGAAAGAUAAAACACAGUGAAUUUUAAA